GCCAUAGGGUAGCUGUCAACUGUCAAAUGACAGAAAAAAGUGACAUUUGUUAUAAUUCGCAAAAACAGCUGUUCAAUCUACGAGCCGGCUAAAAUUAAUUUUCUAAUAGCUAAUUUCUAUUUUAAUUUCUAUCAUUUUGUAAUAUAAAAUGGAUGAAAUAGAAUACAAAUUGAACGCAAAUAAUAGCGUAUUAGUCGUAAAUGCAAUCGAUAAACUAAUAAGUACAAUAAAAUCGAAUUUUAAGUUGGAAGAUCGUCAGAGAUUUGUGUUGGAGAAUGAAGAAUUGAAAUAUUUGAGGGAGAAAUGUUCUUCAAAGGAUGCCAUGGUGAGCCUGACGGCAUGUCAGGGUCUCCUGGCUCUGGUGGAACUCGGGGUCCUCGAAAUAGCGCAUACAAUGUCCACAGUGGUCACUCUAUUGCCAGCUGCACACAACUACUUAGCAAUAAUAUCGACGAUGGCUGGUCUCUUGAUCCUGGAUCUGAAGUCUAGACUGAUACCUGGGCAACCAUAUAAGUGCCAGUUCUCCCUCAAGUCUCCACAGCACCCAUUCAUAACGGUGUUAGAAAAGAACAAGGGUGCAGCGGAUGAUGUUUUGGCACAAAUGCACGCGCUGUGCACGCAUCCAGAUUACACGGUAUCGUCCAACAGUCUGGAACUCCUUCGGCCGGUGUUCCUCUGGUUGACUUGUAACCCUCAGCGCGACGGCGGCAUUAGACCGUGGCAGUUGAUGCUGAGUCUCCCACAGACCAGUGCUUUGUCUUCCUUGCUGCUUGCAUGUCUCAGUUGUCAGCAGAUAUGCAACCCUAGUCUAAUAGAGCGCGCGUUCAGUGCGUAUUCGGCGGUGACAGACGCAGCGGUGUACCAGCAGAACAGAGAGAUGGUGAUGGCCUUGCUGCCGAUGCUAGCCAGGGUAUCCAACGAGUUGGUCAGGCAUGGCCGUGACCCCCGUCCCUGCUACGUGUUGAUGGAGAGGUGUUUCGCGCUGGACGCGGCGGAGCUGCGCGCUGCCUCGGGUUUAGUGCUGAUGACUCUCGCGGACAACUUGCUGCACACAUCCGCGCUGCAUCUGCACGAAUUGUUCAACUUGUGUCUAAAUAUAAUUAGCAGAUAUGAAUGUCCAGCAAUAUCGCUGGACGUUUUCGUUGCGCUCACCCUCCAAUGGCUGAAUCUACCCUCACACCUCACAUCAUCAGCUCUAAAGGUGGCGGCCAAAAUCCUCGACACAUACCAGGAGAAAACCUCAGAAGAUACUAGACUCCACACCCCGAAUAUGAAAGCCAACAAGACUUUUCAAGCACUCCUGUAUACAGAUAGUAGACUCUCAAUAAUUUUCAAACUAAACGAAAUCUGGGAGCGAAUGAGAGACGAUCCAGAGAAGCUUAAAUCCUGGUUGAAUGAUUUAGAGAAAGUAGACGAUGGAUUGAAGAAAGAAUUGCUUCCGUUCUUAUUUGGUAUUAUAAUGGGGAAGAGAAACGACCAGUGGUACGAAGAGAUUGCGAUUAAAGCCCUGGCUGUUGUGACUGGAAUGAUUAAUACUAUGAAGGAUGUCUCGGUGCAGCUGCUGCCGAUUCUCGUGUACAAAAUAGCACAUGACAAGUCCCCGAAGAUGAAGUUAGAGUGUUUGAAGGCGUUGCCUUUGAUGGCGAAGACUAAGGAAAAUGUGCCAACCGUGGUGUCGAUAUUGAACAAGCUAAAGGCGAACAAAGGAGUGCCUACGUCGUUUUUGAUAAUGCUCUAUGCAAGUCUGGCUGAUAAUCAGGUGCGUUGUUUCCCGUACCUGCGGGAAAUGUUAGUCGACACGACUCUCGGUCGACCCGACGAUUUGAAGUGGGAAAUCGACAUAGCCAGGGCCACAGCUGUGCCUUCCCCGCAAGGGCUGGAGCUGAAAUGGCGUGAUCUCAUCAACGCGCUGAACCGGUGCGGCGACAAACCGGAGCGGCGCGGCGACGCGCGUGUCACUCGCGGCGCUGGCGGCGCUGUGGCAACGCGGCCGUCGCCCCGCCCGGCGCCUGGCGCGCUCGAGCCCAAGCUCGGCCGCGACAGCCGACCCAUCGUGCAGAUACAAUACAGUGAAAGUAUAACGCGCGUGUCACGCGCGGCGCUGUGGCGCAGCGCGGCCGAUCGCCCCGCCCGGCGCCUGGCGCGCGCUCGAGGCAAAGCUCGGCCGCGACCGCCGACCCAUCGUGCAGAUACAGUGAGUAUAACGCGCGUGUCACGCGCGGCGCGCUGUGGCGCGGCGCGGCCGUCGCCCACGCCCGGCGCCUGGCGCGCGCUCGAGCCCAAGCUCGGCCGCGACAGCCGACCCAUCGUGCAGAUACGAGUGAAGUAUAACGCGCGUGUCACUCGCGGCGCUGGCGGCGCUGGCGCGGCAUCGCCCCGCCCGGCGCCUGCGCGCGCUCGAGCCAAAGCUCGGCCGCGACAGCCGACCCAUCGUGCAGAUACAGUGAGUAUAACGCGCGUGUCACUCGCGGCGCUGGCGGCGCGGCGCGGCGCGUCACGUCGCCGCGCCGCAGCGCGCGCUCGGAGUAAAGCUCGGCCGCGACAGCCGACCCAUCGUGCAGAUACAGUGAGUAUAACGCGCGUGUCACGCGCGGCGCUGUGGCGCGGCGCGGCCGUCGCCCCGCCCGGCGCCUGGCGCGCGCUCGAGCCCAAGCUCGGCCGCGACAGCCGACCCAUCGUGCAGAUACAAUACAGUGAGUAUAACGCGCGUGUCACGCGCGGCGCUGUGGCGCGGCGCGGCCGUCGCCCCGCCCGGCGCCUGGCGCGCGCUCUCGAGCCCAAGCUCGGCCGCGACAGCCGACCCAUCGUGCAGAUACGAUACAGUGAGUAUAACGCGCGUGUCACGCGCGGCGCUGGCGGCGCGGCGCGGCGCAUCCGCCCCGCGCCCGGCGCCUGCGCGCGCUCGAGCCGGCUCGGCCGCGACAGCCGACCCAUCGAUGCAGAUACGAGUAGGUAUAACGCGCGUGUCACGCGGCGGCGCUGUGGCGCGGCGCGGCCGUCGCCCACGCCCGGCGCCUGGCGCGCGCUCGAGGCAAGCUCGGCCGCGACAGCCGACCCAUCGUGCAGAUACAGUGAGUAUAAACGCGUGUCACUCGCGGCGCUGGCGGCGCUGCGCGGCGCGGGGCCGCGACAGCCGACCCAUCGUGCAGAUACAGUGAGUAUAACGCGCGUGUCACGCGCGGCGCUGUGGCGCGGCGCGGCCGUCGCCCCGCCCGGCGCCUGGCGCGCGCUCGAGCCCAAGCUCGGCCGCGACAGCCGACCCAUCGUGCAGAUACAUAUAACGCGCGUGUCACUCGCGGCGCUGGCGGCGCUGUGGCGCGGCGCGGCCGUCGCCCGCCCGGCGCCUGGCGCGCGCUCGAGCCAAGCUCGGCCGCGACAGCCGACCCAUCGUGCAGAUACAGUGAGUAUAACGCGCGUGUCACUCGCGGCGCUGGCGGCGCUGUGGCGCGGCGCGGCCGUCGCCCCGCCCGGCGCCUGGCGCGCGCUCGAGCCCAAGCUCGGCCGCGACAGCCGACCCAUCGUGCAGAUACAGCUAUGCAAGCUGCUUGGCGAGGUGCCGUCUCUACGCGUCUCGACGCCUGAGUACGACCGCCUUGUGACGGACGCCUGCCGCCGUCUGUGGGCGUACAUCGCCGAUUCCAACCACCCCGAAGUCAUCGAGGCGGCUUGCGACGCACUCGCCGGAUUCAGAGUUGAUGAUUAUAAACUUAAGGAUAUACCAGAGAUAUACAGGAGGACAGUCAAGCUGCCGCCCUCGCACUGCAAGACACCCGCCGAUGCUGCCAGGAAGCCCGAAGAUGUUCUGGAUUAUGUGCCGUGCGAAGUCUGGCCAGAAGUGUUCAAAUACACAAACCAGGCAGCCCUUCAGGGGGUCAUUCGACUCACCUCUCGUCUCAUAGAGCGCGAGAUCAAGGGGUACCGCAGCGGAGUGUACCAGCUCGAUGUGAGGCAGGAACCUCUGAACCUGGGCAGUCUUCCGCCCUCGAGCGUGGUGCGUGGGCUGCUGGAGUGCUUCAGGAAGCAGGCAACAUCCCCUACCUACGACUACACGGACACAAUACUCCUGGCGAUCUUACAAACUCUCUCGUCAGAGUACCCCCGACCAAUCCCUCCCGUGGACCUGUGCUUCCUGCCCGAGAUCUUCCACCGUGGUCCACAAUGGAAAGCGGAGUGCGUGAAGUUCGCCGCCAGGCAGGCCUCGGUCUCGCCAUCAGCUCGGAGGAUAUUGGAGAACUAUCUUCAAGGUGUUGCUAGUGAUACCGCUGAGGAAGAAGACGUGGUCCUAGUAUUCGACUUCCUCCCAAUACUGUGUCGCAGCAUGCCUCCUAACUCCUUGAGGGAGCCGAUUGAGAGGCGUCUGGGCGAAUCCUUCACUGCUCUCUCAAAGGUGAAGGGUGCCAAAGACCCUCAGGAGUUCCUGUUCGUCAGGCAGCUGGACAUGAUCAGGAAGUGCCUGGAGUGCGAUAAGAUCCACGUGGCUAACAGGACUCUGCUGUCACAGAUCGUGGAGAAUUACUUCUCUGUCAUCAGUGAUGAUAAUCUGGCAUGGCCCAUGUACGUGCAGACGUGUCGCUGCCUGUCGACGAAGUAUCUGGAGCGCAUGACGUCGCCGUCGGGCUGGUGGGAGGUGUCGGGCGAGCUGCUGCGCAAGUCCACGGCACUGCGCAGCGCCGUCGCCGCCGAGGCGCUCGUGUGGCUGCACGAGACCAUCGACGCACACGCCACGCAUCUCGCGGAGCAGGAGUUUUCCCUGCAGUGCAUGGUGCCGGCGCUGCAGGCCGCCGAGCCGGACGGCGUCGCCACCAGGGAGUGGUUCCUGCAGCUCAUGGCACGCACGCAGGUCGCCUUCAAAGAGACUGAAGACGAGUCCUCGAAGCUGUACCUUUGCGACGUGUUCACCCUGAGUGUGAUAGUGUUUAGCGGAUACUGGAGCCUGCAGCCCGAGGACUCGGCGGGCAGGAGUGAGAGACAGGCGCUGCUGCCCGCCGCCGUCGCCGCGCUGCUCGCAAGAGACGGCUGGAGUGACUGCACGCUGCAGAUGCUGGAGUGGUUGUGGCACACGCGGGACUCAGUCCGCGACGUGUCGGCGCAGCUGUGGUGCCAGCGCGCCCUCCUCGCCGCGAGACACACGCAUCACUUCGCACAGCAUCGGAUAUGGACCAAGCUAGAAAGUCAUUUCGGCCGCGACAUUGUCGACGAUUAAAGUUUCCAGAGUAUUAUAUUUGCAUCAAUAUUUAUUCUAAAAUAAUAUUCUUAUGCCACCUAAAAGGUAUAUUACGAAUGGCGGAUUUAUUAUUUGUAAAAAAACAAUUUAUCGAAUUUUGUAAUUUUGACUUUACAGAUUUAAAUAUAUCCAAUAUGUCAUUAAAAAUACAAAAUAAUGUGUAUAUCUACACGAAAUAUUUAAAUGGUGAAUAAAAGAAUAAAAAUGCACGUAAAGCCAAAGACCUAAUAAUCAAUGCAAAAAGAGCUUCCACAUUAAUUGUAAUCAAAAGUUAUUAAAAAACAAAACAUU